GGCAAAGCUACCUUUGCGUACGAGAUUAUAUCCCGCACGAGAGAAACAUCCGUAAAUGAUGCGGACACGUGUCAGCGCACUAGCGAAGGUGCGUCACUCAGUCCACGUCAGCACUCCGGCCGUCUCUCCCAACCCCAACGACGGUUAAAAAAAAAAUCGUUUCCUCUCAAUUUCUCAAUCCCUCGAAAAUAUUUACCAAUUCCUCAAGAAUAUAUAUCUGAGAGCGUCUUCUUCUCAAGAAACCCUAAUCUUCGGUUCCGCUACAUUCUUCGGAAUCCUCCUACCUCGGAUCUCGAAUCUGUAUUCUCAGCUGCUGAAAUAUCCGGGGAAUGCAGAGAACGUUUUGCUGCGAGUUGGAGAACGGCUGGAAGGAAUCCCUCUGUCAAGGGAUUGUCAUCGUUGGCCCUAAAGCAAGAACCAGGGACAAACCUUGGGAUAGCCUCUAACUUCGUACAACGAAACAUGACUCGGAUUCUGGUUCAACGUGGUUCAGCAGGAAGUUCUUCUAACCCUAGUCGUGCUUCUCCUUCGUCUGGCUCAUCUUCUUCCUCAGGAACAGAGACACAGACAAGCAGUAGUAAUAUUCAGGUUCCUCCGGUAAUUAUUGACGAAGAAACUAAUGAUGGGAAACAAGAAGAGGUCACUGUGGUUGAACAAGCAGAGUGUUCUGAAUCUGAUGCUAAGGAUGUAUCACUGCUCAGUGAUGAACCUGCGGAUAGAGAAGACGAUGACGAAGGGUUGAUAGUUUCGGAAAAUGCUGAUGUUGAAAGUGAACGUAUAGUUUGUGAUUCUCCAGUUAGUGGUGGCGAUGACCCUGAUUCACCACCUUUACCUGUUCCCCCACCAAAGCCGUCUUCGAAUGUUACUACUCCUGGUAAUAAGAGAUCGGUAUUGGGAAGCUUUGGCGCUUUACGAAUUGGAGCAACGAGAAGAGGAGCUGGGCCUCGUUCUCUUGUUUCCACUAGGAGUUCGCCAACUGGAUCUCAUCCUUCUUCUCCAAGAUCACACAGUGAGAACGAAGGCUAUAACAGUUCCGAUGAGCAUAUUGUGCCUUCUCAUGCUGGCCCUGGCUCGGAAAGAGAACAUCAGUUUGAAACCGAGAUCAGACAAGCGAAAUGCUUUGUAAUUAGGCGUAUGUUGGAAGAUGGAAACUGUCUCUUUCGAGCUGUUGCAGAUCAAGUAUAUGGGGACUCAGAUUCAUAUGACUUGACUAGGCAAAUGUGCAUGGAUUACAUGGAACACGAGAGGGAUCACUUUUCUCAGUUUAUAACUGAAGGAUUUACCUCUUACGUGAAGAGGAAAAGAAGAGAUAAGGUCUAUGGAAACAACGUGGAGAUCCAAGCUUUAGCUGAAAUGUAUAAUAGGCCUAUCCACAUUUACUCAUAUAGCACAGAGCCUAUCAACAUAUUUCAAGGGAGCUACAACACCGAUACACCUCCCAUAAGGCUCAGCUUCCACCAUGGGAAUCAUUAUAAUUCGUUGGUGGAUCCACAUCGGUUAACAGUUGGUGCAGGCCUUGGAUUUAGUAGCCUUAGUGGGAGACACGUGGACGGUGAGCAGGCGCUGUUAGCAGAAGGAAGGUAUUACUCUGAUCUUGAACUUACGGAGAAGGAGAUUGAGCUGUCAGUAAUGGAAACUUCUCGUGCUGAGUAUCUUAUGGAUUGGUCUAAGCCAAGGAUUGGUCCCAAGGAAUCAUCCACUUCUAACGCUGAGACUUCCUCUUCUGGAGCUAGACCUUCAGGAAGUGAUUCGAAACCGAAGGAGGCAGUAAAAGAGAAGACGGUGCUAAGCAGUAGUAUUGAGAUGGUUUUGUCGAUGGGGUUUAGCUACACGCAGGCCAUGGAAGCUUACAGCAUAUUUGGGGAUGACGUGGACUCUAUGGUCUGUUAUGUAUUGGAGACAAGCUGUCGCAGCAACAACAGACGCAAAGGCAAAGCCACGGAAUAGAGAAAUGUAAAACAUGAGUUGCUUGCUCUGUUGUUAGUAUAUGAAACUAUCACAAUUCGUAUUCCUCCUUACUAAGGAAUUACCAACGUUUGGGCGAUUAAUAUACGCUUUUAUCAUAAUAAUGAAUAAACUUCUGCAUCAUGGCAUGUAUGUGUAUCUUUAUUGUCUCUGUAUACUCUAGUUCUACUAGUUGAAUAAGAGACUAAUACAUCAUUUUCUAUGAACAA